GACCAUUCCUUCACCGCGGCAUUUAUGGAGCGCCGAAGUGGAACGCACCACGUCGACAGGUCUUUGCAUGAAGCUGUCCUGACAGUGGCCUCAACAGCUGUCCGCACGAAGGAGCUGCUUGAAAAGCGCAAUGGGCUGCAGUCGUUGCACAAGGCUGUGAAUGACUGGUUCAAAACCAUGUCUCUCAUGGUUCUCGCAUAG